GGAGGUUUUAGUCGCCGUAUCAGGUGUGGGCACAGAACUCCGCGGAGGGAGAGGCCCAGCCGCCAUGUUAUCUGUGGGCAAGGCCCCCAAGGAGGGAAGGCCAAGCGGGGGCCUAGGUCUCUCCCCUUCCCUCACAUCAGGCCCUGGUUCCUAGCGAGGAACGGGUGGGUCGCACGAUAACAGAUCCCCCGUCUAGCUGCAGGUCCCUAUGACUUCGGAUCGCGGAGUGGCUCGCUGUGUAAGCACAGCCCUCGCCAGGCCCAAGCGAAUGGGACGCUCUGGCCUCUCUUGUGGCUCAUCUCUGUGGCGGGUAGGUUAGGUCAUGUGACCCCGCAGCCGAGGGGGCGGGGCACCCGGAAGUCCCUAUUAUGACAGCGGAAAGUGGAAGAGAAGAUGCUGGAGAAGCUGGAUUUCGAGCGUCGCCUGGACAUGGGGCAGAGGGAGCAUGCUCAGCUUCUUCAGCAGAGCAGCAGUCAGAAGGAGGAGAUUCUGCAGACUGUGAAGAAGGAGCAGGUGAGGCUGGAGAAAGGUUUGACAAAGCAUCAGCGCAACCUGGAGGGAGAGCACCUGAAGCUGCUGGAGCAACUGAAGCAAACGGAGCAGGGCAUUGCCAGCCGAAUUCAGAAGCUUCUGGAGGAGAAUCGGAGGCAGAAACAAAGUUCAGAAAUUUUGAAAUCCCUGGAGAACGAAAGAAUAAGGAUGGACCAGCUGAUGGCAAUAACGCAGGAGGAGACAGAGCAGCUACGCAGAAGGGAAGUGGCCUCUGCCAUGCAACAAAUGCUGGCGGAGAGCUACAAGAACAAGCUCAUCCACAUGACCUCCGAAUCUCGAAGGCAAGACCUCGUCAACCAGGCCUGCUCCAGCCUGGCAGAGAUGGAUCAGAAGUUCCAACAAAUCCUGGCUUGGCAACAGCUGGAUCAGAACAAGGCCACUAGUCAGAUCCUGGAAGAGAGUGAAAUGCAGAAAGCGGCCUUUGAAGCCCUUCAGGUGAAGAAGGAUCUCUUGCACCGGCAGAUCAGGAACCAGAUUAGGUUAAUAGAAACAGAGUUAUUGCAGCUGACACAGCUGGAGUUAAAGAGGCAAGAACUGGACACAGAGACACUGCAGGAGGUGAUCACAGAGCAACGCCGAGCCCUGAGCUACAUGCUGCAGCAGCUGCUCAAGGAGAAGAAGCAAAGGGAAGAGGAACUGCAACAAAUCCUGCUGGAGAUGGAGGCAAAAAGUGAAACGAAGCAGGAGAACUACUGGCUGAUCCAGUAUCAGCGUCUGCUGAACCAGAAACCUCUCUCACUGAAACUCCAGGAGGAGGGCUUGGAGAGGCAGCUGAUAAACCUGCUAAUCGAACUGUCGGCUGAACAGUACGUACCAAUCUUUGCCCAUCAUCGGCUGUCGCUGGAAAUGCUCAGCACCAUGACCCUCAGCGACCUGGCAAAGAUUGGAAUCACAGAAACUGGCCUGCAGCGCGCGAUCCUCAGGCGAGCCCAGGAGAUCCUGGCUGUGGCUAAAACAAUCCCAGAGCUGCUGAAGAGCACUGAGACCAAGGGCCCUGCUGCCCCAGAGCCGAGCGCCCCCCUUGAAGAAAUCCUCCCUUCUGCACCCCAGCUGGAGCUGGACGAGAGGAAGUCUGAGUGUGUGGUCUGCAUGGAACAGGAGGCCCAGAUGAUCUUCCUGAACUGUGGUCAUGUGUGCUGCUGCCAAACAUGCUGCGAGACUCUGCGCAUCUGCCCCCUCUGCCGCAAAGACAUCGUGCAGCGCAUCCGCAUCUUCCACAGCAGCUAGCCAGGGAGCAGCUGCUGGGCUCUUGGGGCUGGAAGAGCCAUCAGCUGGGAAGGCCUGCUGCCCAAGGUUCCUCGGAGAUCUGCUCAUCCCCAUGCCACAGCGUAUCAACCGCCCCUCCCAAUGUCACGUGUACACUUUGCACUGCUCAGAGCCUGUGACUGUGAGGCUGCUUUGGGGAGGACUGGAAUGUGCACUGUCCCCUCAUGUCCUGGGGAGGGAGGGGUAACUCCGGGGCUGAAUGUUCUCAUAUGCUCUUGUAGGCAUGUUUAGCCACACCCCUCUUCCCCCCACCGUAACCCCUGCAAUCGCCCCCUGUGCUAUGCAGAUGGAAGCAGACGCUGCUGAGUGACUCAUGGUCUGUCUCAAGUCCCCAUGAGUGUCGAUGGAUUUCUGCCUCCCUUGCCUUGCCUGUCUGUGUGCUCCCAAGAUGCCUGGGGGGCUGCAAGCCCGUCCCCUCCCUGUCUAAUGUAUUUAUUUGCCUUCAGCAACAUGAUCCACUACAUUGUUUCCUCCAAGCCGGA